AUGGGUAUCCUGAGAGAGAGAGAACUUUUGUGCUGCGGCGUUUUUGCUGCGGCGCCGUGCGGUGAAGCUGUCGUGGCGCUGCCACGUCAGCCAAGGCAAAGUGGCGUUUUCUGCGCUUCUGCUAGGGGAAACAAAACUCGGCCAAAGAACCCUAGCCACCGCGUAACCCGCGAGUCCCCUUCUGUCGCGCGAAGAGAACCCCCGACCUCUCCUUCUCCCCUCUCCCGCUGCGAGUCACCUCUCCUUCUCCCCUCUCCCGCCGAGCUCUCCCCUCUCCUGCCGUGUCCUUUCCUCGGAGCCCUUCCUCUCUUCGGCGAGCUCUCCCCUCUCCUGCCGCGAGCCCUAGCAGAACCCCCGACCUCUGCUUCUCCCCUCUCCCGCCGCGAGUCACCUCUCCUUCUCCCCUCUCCGGCCGAGCUCUCCCCUCUCCUGCCGCGUCCUCUCCUCGGAGCCCUUCCUCUCUUCGUCGAGCUCUCCCCUCUCCUGCCACGAGCCCUAGCAGAACCCCCGACCUCUCCCACUCCGGCGACAGGUCCUCUCCUCGGAGCCUUAGCAGAAGUGUCGAGCUCUCCCCUCUUUUGUCGCGUCCUCUCCUUCCUCUCUUCACGAGCAAAAUCCUUCUCCGGUUGACUUCCUGUAUCCUGCUGUGGUGGAAGAUAGAUCGAAGGGUUGUUGGCAGAGGUAGUGGAUUUGAAACUGUUGCUUGUGCUUUGCCCUGCCACCAGGUUAUUGUUAUUAGGAAGGUUGUUAUUUGGCAUAUUUUGCAGCUCUAUUUCGAAAUGAAGUGUCGCCACCUACAAUUAAGUUUCCAGAUGUUCUGCUUCCUGAUAGAGCACAUUUUGAUUUAAAUUAGACGGAUUCCUCAGCGAGCUCUGGUAGUUGUUCAACACAUGAAUGUUCUGCUAUCUGUUGGUUAUAACUUGGCCAGCUAUGAGAUUUUUAUUUAUGUAACCGCUUAGGCCUGGAUGGUUGCCUACAACCUUGUCCAGAGAUGGUUCACUUGUCAAGCAAUGAUAACUCAUUGACUCCUCUGGCUCCACCUUCAAUUUCUGGAGCUUUGUAGCAGCAUGCCUUGGAUAGUUCUUCAAACACUCUUAAAGAACAAAGAAAAACAUCAGCUCUAUAAACUGUAAUGGUAGCAACUAUUUCUAAUCCUUGUUAGAGAAUUACACAUUACUAUAUUAGUUAGAAUGUUCAAAAUCAUUCGAUGGUAUCUUUAUUUGUCAGAGUUGCUGUAUUUUGGAGGUGACAUUUAAACCACAAAACAAUUGUACACCGCAAGUG